AUGGCGAAAGAAGUGCUAACCCUACAAUUCGUGCCGUUCUGUUCGUUCAUCGACCCUGCAUUUUGGUACAGUCUGUCGAAGUUGAAGUUGGAGUCUUUGCGGCUCGACGAAUCCCCUGUGCCAGCGUGGGGUUUCUUUGCGAAUUGUACCCUGGACAAAUACCCCGGCUCGAACACUUUCAUCAGCCAUGGCACGGUUCACGUCCUGAAUACCUUGGACAAGUUCAAAGAAAUUGACAAGAACGCAAUAAUCGAUUCUGUCGGGAAAAUGUUGCUCAUUAGUUUCUGUGAUCCGUCGAACCAGUCGGAUCGCCCCGGAUGGCCACUUCGUAAUCUGCUUGCUCUUUGGAAGAAUCGUUUGGACUGUAACCACAGUUUGGUUCUUGACGUCGCCUACGACAGGCCUGAGGAGUGCACCGGCGAUGAGGGCACUCACGUAUUAGACAACAUUAAAACGGUGGGUUGGGAAAAAGACAAGUUUGGUCGCUUCUCCUCCCAGCACGUUGAUCUCAGUUCCGCAAUGGACCCCAAAAAACUAUCUGAAGAAGCUGUGCGUCUGAAUCUGCAUUUGAUGCGCUGGCGUUUGGUUCCUGAGUUGAAUCUUGAUAUCGUCAAAGACAACUCUUGCCUACUGUUCGGUGCCGGUACCCUUGGUUGUAAUGUCGCCCGGCUACUAAGCGCAUGGGGAUGCAAUAAAAUAUCCUUCAUUGACGAUGCCUGCGUAUCUUAUAGUAAUCCUGUACGCCAGUCGUUGUACCUGAACGAAGACUGUGCUGACAGGAAGCCGAAAUGCGACGCUGCGGUCGCUGCCAUGAAGGCGAUAUGUCCGAACAUCGUAAGCCAUUUCGCCGUCUUAACAAUGUUGCUGGCUACAACAUCACCAUUCCAUCACCUGGUCACCCUGUGGACAGAAACGCUGGACGAACUCGUUCAGUCUCAUGACGUCCUCUUUCUUCUGUUUGAUACUCGGGAAGCUCGAUGGCUACCAGCGAUGUUAGGAUGCUAUUAUAACAAGAUCGUGAUAACGGUAGCCCUUGGAUUUGAUAACUACUUGGUUAUGCGACAUGGUCUGGGUGGAUUUGACCUUGCCUGCUAUUUCUGCUGUGACAUUACUGCUCCUGGCGAUUCAACGAAAGGCCGAACUUUGGACCAGCAGUGCUCUGUAACUAGGCCUGGUUUGUCGUCAGUGGCAGCCGGCAACGCGGUCGAAUUAAUGGUAUCCAUUCUGCAACAUCCUUUGAAAGGCGCUGCCCCAACUGCUGGGGCCGAUAACGAUGGAAACGCUUGCCUCGGUAUUGUACCGCACCAGAUUCGUGGAUAUUUGAAUCGCUUUGAGCAGAACCUUCAUUCGGUUGAGCGCUAUUCUGCGUGCAUUGCCUGCAGUUCAUCGGUCAUCGACCGAUUUAGCAAGGAAAAGACGCAGUUUGUGAUGAAGGUUUUGAACGAACCUUCUCUUCUCGAAGAGAUCACUGGACUCGACAUGCUUAAACAAACGGUGAAUUAUGAGGAUCUGCUGGAAAUCAACGAUACGGAUGAAAAUGAUGAUUCUGACCAGGAUUACGUUCUUGCCUGUUCAGAUAUAUAG